CAUACCCUGGUGUGUCAGACUAAAGUAUAAAAGAGCAUAGGGUGUAGCUGUGAGCUCCAGCAUCCACACUACCAUUUGCUAACGAGGCAAAAGAGUAUUCACUGAUCCGGUCCCUGAUAUGAUCAGCAGCAGCUCACGGAGAGACAUGCGUCUGUUUUCCAUCCCCAUCUGCGGUCUCCUCCUCCUCAUAAACCUACAGUUGUCCAGCACGUAUCCCACCGGCAAGGGCCUGACUGACACCGAUAUGGACAUUUUAAAGGUCCUCCUGCACAGACUUGAGGAGUCGGCGUCAGAGCAGAGCGCGCUGGACCAGAGAGGCCCGGCGGACAUGGACAGUCCCCUCAGCCAAAGCCCGGAAGAUGCUGCCGAGGAGCAGCCUCAAAUGGGACUAGACGAAGCGGAGAUCAGGGAGUUUCUGUCCGCCAAGAACCUGAAGAGCCUCCGCAACGACUCCUCCAGGAGAUCCUCCGGCUGCUUCGGCCGGCGGAUGGACAGAAUAGGCUCAAUGAGCUCUCUGGGCUGCAACACCAUUGGCAGAUACAAUCCAAAGUGAAGACGAAGUCUUACAUCUAAAAUCUGGAACUGCGACGUCUGUACCAAAAUUUAUUUUUAUCUGAAUACUAUUUAUUUACUAAUAUUUAUUGGAGAUUGUUUUGGCUUCCAAUAGUAUUUAUUUGAAAUCCAUGUGAUACCGUUCUUUAUGUACUGU